CAAGCUCUCACUGGAAACCGCUCAUGUGGAACCCUUAAAGAUUCUGCCUUAAUUAUAACAUGCAUUGAACCCUGUAGUUCGACCGUGACGAAGUUAUCCACGUCCACCGCCUCCAGCUGUUAUAGGGGGUUGUCAGCUCGCUGCAGGCUCCCAACACUUUGGGUACGAGGCACAACGUACACCGGUCAAAGUCCACUUUCUAUAACCCUGCACCCAGGCAGACAAGCAGACGUAACCAACCACCCGCGGGAGGAGACUUAACUCGCCCUCAACUCUCUUCACAACUGAUUACAUUUCCAAAACCUAAACAUAAAUUACUACAAUGAGGUCGUGUACCGCUCGUGCGAUCUCCCGCUGUCUGAGGGAUGGAUCUCGCCUCCCCCUCCCGGCGACCGCUCGGGUCCUUCAGUCACCCAAAGGGUCCGUCUGCCCGUCUUGUAGCAGGGUGACCCAAGCUUCAGGGCGGGUAACUCUGGGAGCGAGGCCGUUCAGCUCACUUAUCUCCCCUGACAACAUCGUCCGAAGCCCCUUCCCCGAUGAGGACAUACCCAAUGUGAACUUCGCUCAGUAUGUGUUGGAGAUGAUGCAGCCAUAUGCCAAACUCACAGCAACGGUCGAUGUUCCCACAGGCCGCAGUUACACAUACACGGAGCUACAAGAGGCAGCCAUCAAGGUGGCUAGCGCCAUCACUCGGCUCGGCUAUACUAAGGGCGACGUCAUUGCCAUCUUCAGCGCCAACGUUCCGGAAUACUGUAUACUUAUCCUGGCAGCUGCAUGGUGUGGCAUUGUCGUCACUCCGGCAAACCCCGCGUAUACUGCAGGCGAGUUAGCCCGCCAGUUGGAGAUGUCGAAGGCUAGGGCUGUCUUCACCAUCGCCCCUCUUCUCCCAACAGUCAAAGAAGCGCUGUCAUCAUCACCCAUCCUACAGAAAACAGUCAAAGACCUGUUUGCUUUGGGUGAAGCUGAGGGUUGUCGACCCGUGUCGGAACUCAUGAAGGACGACGGGGCAGCGUUGCCUCAAAACGUCAACGUCAACCCCAAGGACGACGUGCUCUUACUCCCCUUUUCAAGUGGCACCACCGGCCUUCCUAAAGGCGUCAUGUUGACGCACCACAACUGUGUAGCCAACCUCAAGCAGAUCAGAAAACCACUGACGGUAGACCAAGGCAACGACAACUUCAUAGGCGUGCUGCCAUUUUAUCACAUAUACGGCAUGAUACCCGUCCAGUUUGGCGCGCUGCAAGAUGGCGCCACUCUCUACACAAUGCCUCGUUUUGAUCCUGAAAUGUUCCUGACGACACUACAAAAACACAAGAUUAGUAUUCUUCACGUGGUGCCUCCCAUAGUUCUCUUCCUUGCCAAACAUCCGGUUGUCUCAAAGUUUGACCUUUCCAACCUGAAGUAUGUCAUUUGUGGAGCCGCGCCGCUUGGAGAAGGUUUGACAAGCGAGUUCCAGAACAGGUUGAAGGCCCCUGUGUAUCAAGGGUACGGCUUGACGGAGGCAUCCCCUGUGAUCAACGUUGAUACUGCACCAGGUCAACCCGGGUCUAUUGGCCACGUGGUCCCAAACACCACGGUGAAGAUCCAGUGUCCGGAAACAGGCAAAACCCUGGGCAAAGGCGAGCUAGGCGAAUACUGUGCGAAAGGCCCGCAGAUGAUGAAGGGCUACCUGAACGACCCUGACUCCACCGCGGCCAUGUUGGACAAGAACGGGUGGCUGCACACCGGGGAUCUCGGGUACUUGCAGGAGGAUGGUCGGGUGGUUAUCGAGGACAGACUCAAGGAACUUAUUAAAUACAAGGGCUUCCAGGUGCCCCCAGCGGAACUAGAAGCGUUUCUACUGACCCACCCAGGCGUACAGGAUGUGGGGGUGAUUGGUGUGCCAGAGGAGGGGGUAGGGGAGCUCCCCCGCGCAUACGUCGUCAAGAAGCCAGACUCUCCUGUCAGCAAGGAGGAAAUCGCCAAAUUUGUUGAAGACAAUAUGGCGUCGUACAAGAGCUUACGAGGAGGCGUGGAGUUCAUCGAGGAGAUUCCGAAAUCCCCCAGCGGGAAAAUUCUCAGGCGCGUGUUGAAGGAUAAUCUCUCAGGGUAGACUGACGGACAGAUCUCAACAUAACAUUGCCUGAACGUUGUUGUACCUUUUGUUGACAUACCAACGGAACCAACGUCAAACGUUGGAUGGAGUCUUGCACUGAAACGAGAGACCUUUUGAAGAGGAUUUUAGUAUCAUCGUCGGGGGUGACAAUGUUUGUAUGCAACCACCACGUUAAGAUGUGGUUGUUAGCACGGGCGUUGCUGUGUUACUAUAUUUUAGUGCAGAGUUGAGAUACUUGGUGUCUUGGUACAGUUGUUCGUUUCAACUCUUUCAGUCUGCUUGUUCAGCCUAGCUGAUAUACACAAUGAUUUAUAACAUUCAUAUGUGUUAAAUAUUAUAGCACCUUUUUAUGUGUCGGUACUUAGUACUGUUUUAGUAUAGAAACACUUUGGACUCAAGAAUAAACAAGUCCUUACUCAACGGAAAAUGGUCUUUGCCAGUAUUAUCAAGUCAGUAGGCCGACAUUUUCGAUCAUGAUUUUCGAUGCCACUAUACGCAGCUGCGCAGUGGGAGCUUAUAUUUUACAGGCGCUUCAUAUAUUCAGUUUGAUACUUCUAAAAUACAGGUGUUUGCAAUGUGUUCCUUCAUAAUAACAUGGUGUAUUCUGGUAGUAAUCUAGCUCUACGAUCAAGAUAACAUAUCUCAGGGGUCUAUUAUAAGGCAUAUUUUAGUGGUUGUGUCUAUUGUGUAUAACGGAGAAGCGAAAACACAUUAGACAACGCUCAUAAUGCCAUUCUGCUGGGCAAAAGAAAGUUACACCUCUGUUUGAUGGUGACUAAAAACGAAACAAGAAACGGUAAUUCGAUGGUGACGUGUCUUAUACGGGUAUCAUUGUUGUGUUUUGGCCUUUUCAGCCCAGUAACGUUUUUUUAACGUUUGUAAUGUUUUGGUCAAAUCCAAUUUUAUGUGUAUACUUUCUUUAACCUGGUAGUUUAAAUGUUAUAUCAUUUUUAAUUCCCUUCUUAUAGUUAAUAACGGCGUUCUAACAUCUAACCUGAUAGUUUUAUCAUGUUUCUUGUAUUGUUACAUGUUGUAUUAUGAUAUAUAGAGAUGUCAAUAUGACGUUAAGAGGCAAACUACAAUGAAGUUAAUUUUAAGUAAUAAACUUUACAUCGUU